AUGCCACCAAAGGGAAAACGUGGAGGACAAGCAAAGGAUGCUACACAACCAAGAGUGAGGGCUGAGAGCCCAGUGCAUGAAGAACAGCCGGAAGUCGUGCAUGUCAAUGUAGCUCGGGCGGGAGAGCCUAAUGAGAUGGCUAUGUUUGAGCAAUUUCGUCGGUUCCAGGAAUUCAUGCAAAGGGAGCCAAAUUUGAGAGGAGCACCAGGAGUGAUUCCACCACAACAUGAUGCACCAGUGAAUGAUGCACCAGAGAGGGUAGCCCCACCUCCGCCCCCACCGGUCCAGGUGCAGGGUCCGUCAUACUGGGAGGCUAUGAGGAAUUUGAAGGACAUGGGCAUGGAAACUUUUGGUGGAAAGUCUAAUCCUAUUGAUGCUGACAACUGGAGGAAGAGAUUAGAGAGGAAUUUGGAUAACACUAGGUGUCCACAUGAGUAUCGUAGGGACUUGGCGGUGCAAUAUCUGAAGGAUGAGGCACUGGUAUGGAAGUAUUUUCCUAGAGAGGCUAUGGAUCGUAUGGAGAAUGAGUUUCUGGAGCUUCGUCAAGGCUCAACUACGGUGCGAGACUAUGAUAGGGAGUUUGAUCGACUGAGCAGGUUUGCUGGUAGAUUCAUGAAUGAGGAUGAGUUGAUUCGCAGGUUUCUGAGGGGUUUGAGGAUUGAGCUCAAGAAUCGAUGUGAGAUGUACGACUAUCACAGUAAGAUUGAACUAGUGGAAAAAGCUGCUAAUUUGGAGAUCGGGUUGGAAAAGGAGAUGAAUCAAAACAAAGAAGCACAUGCAAAAGCUACAAAGGGAACAAUCUCUAGUAAGAAGACUUGGGAUAACCAAAUUGAUGGACCAAUGCAGGAUCAAGGACUAGCGUGUGGUACUUGUGGAAAGUCACACCGUGGAGUUUGUUGGAUAACUUUAGGAGGUUGCAUGAAGUGUGGUGAGUUGGGGCAUAAAAGGGAGAACUGUCCAAAAGGUGUUGAUCAUUGCCAUAAGUGUGGGCGACUCGGCCACUAUGCCAAGGAUUGCAGAGUGAAACAAUACAACAGAGAUGAAGAGCAAUUGCCACCAUCACCAAAAAGAUUAGCCUUGGGGAAACGGCUAGAUUGA